AUUGGCAGCCCUUGUUGGGCAUUGUAUCAGAAAAAAUUAUAAAUUUUAGUCUUUGGGAACCUAAUCAAAAAUUUGUAUGUGUCUUCUGGCUACUGAAAUAUCUAAUUGAGCGAAAUAGUAUCUGAUAUUGUCAUCCUGAUUAUCAAUAUUCUCCAGUAUCGACGUAUUUUUUCGCAAGAAACGCAACAUUCGGAGUCCUGGUUCAUGGUUAUUUUGUAACGUUAAAAGAACUGCAAGAUUGUGUUAGCUUGCUUUUGCUUAUUGCAGCUUUGGAGUGAAAACGUAGGCAAUAUCAAUUUCAAAUGUAAUCAAAUAACAAGCAUUUUCGAAGUUGCCAAGUCGUGAUUUAUUGAAAUAUUAAUCUACUGCUGCUGUAACUUCCGAAACUUGUGAACAUUGUAUCGCGCAAUCAUGAGAUCUCGAAGAGGACGCGGUGCGGAAUGUACUUGCCCGACGGUGUCGCUGCCAGAGCUGCCAAUUGACGCCGCCAGCCGGUAAAAUGAAUUCCGUAGUUGUAAACAUUUCGGUACUUCCUGGUAUUUAUUGCUUAUGAAUCCCUGGCAAUUACACUCUGUGCAAGAACAAUUGAUUUAAGCUAAUUCACACUACUAAUUGUAUUUGGAUAAAAGAGGAAGUGAACCUAUUGUUGACAAGUGGCGUCUCGAAAACUUGACAAUAAUCUUGUGGAAUAAGGUUAUACAAUCAUGUUUAAAAACACAUUUCAAAGCGGAUUCUUGUCAAUACUUUAUAGCAUAGGCAGCAAGCCAUUGCAAAUAUGGGAUAAAAAGGUUCGAAAUGGACAUAUCAAACGCAUUACAGACAAUGACAUCCAGUCAUUAGUACUCGAAAUUGUCGGAACAAAUGUUAGUACCACGUACAUAACAUGCCCAGCAGAUCCAAAGAAGACUCUUGGCAUCAAGUUACCAUUUCUAGUGAUGAUUAUUAAAAAUUUAAAAAAGUAUUUCACAUUUGAAGUUCAGGUAUUGGAUGAUAAGAAUGUCAGACGACGUUUUCGAGCCAGCAAUUAUCAGUCUACAACAAGAGUAAAACCAUUUAUUUGCACAAUGCCUAUGAGGCUUGAUGAUGGAUGGAAUCAGAUCCAGUUCAACUUGGCAGACUUCACCCGAAGAGCAUAUGGCACAAAUUACAUCGAAACUUUACGUGUGCAGAUUCAUGCAAACUGUCGUAUAAGAAGAGUCUAUUUCUCUGACAGAUUAUAUUCUGAAGAUGAACUCCCAGCAGAAUUUAAACUUUUUUUGCCUAUUCAAAAUAAAGCCAAAACAUAGAAUAGGUAAUUGCAUGCUCCAAAGUGAUGGAACUCAAAAGUGUUGUGAGAUUGAACAGUGUUGUGGAGUUGCACAUUGAUUUAUUUCUGCAUGUUACAAUGCACUAAUUUUUUUCAAGCUAAAUAUUUGCACCUACGAGCAAUGAAAUUAACGGUAAUUCAAAAUGUGCACGGCAACCAGUAAUAAGUAAUUUUUUUUACUGACAUAAUUGUAUCUUUUUGUUAUAAAUAAACCAAUAAUUUUGACCUUAAAAUUUCCUGUAGAAAUUAAGAAGUAAGAAGUUCAGAUGUGUAGUUUGAACCACUUUCUAGAAAAUUGAAUUUGCAUUUGAGUACUAGUAGGUAAGAUAUUACAGUUUCUCUGCAACUUUUUGGUAAAAGCUAAUAGUGUUGAAUAUUUUGGAUUAAAAUUAGAAUCCGUUUUUAUAUGGUACUGGUUUCAUAAUUCCUGGACAAUCCAUUAUGGAAGAUAAUAUAAUUGUAUUAUCGUACUUUUUCACAGAAGUUUAAACACCUUAAUUAUAAAAUAUCUACCUUGUAUGGUUUAGUUGAUGUUCAUGUGCCUUGCCCAUCUUAGAAUACACCAUAACACCUGGGCAGACUGAAAUGAAAAUGAAUUUGGGAGAUAUUCAAACUUCAAGAUUAGUAAAAUGUACUUUGUAAGAAAGGAUAUGAAUAUUAUUUUAUUCAUGUGCAUGAUUUUAAUGUAUUCACACUUAAGGUACAUUUUUUGGGAGGAGGAGGGGCGGGAAAACUAAACCAAAUUGGAUAUGAGAAUUUAUGGAUUAGGGAACUUAAAAUUCUUACUUUUUCAUAAUUUAAGGGAGUUAAUUAAGAUCACUGAUACAAAAUGAAUUGCAUGGUAAUUACAAUGAUUUGUAGUAUAAUCCAUUAGUAGUCUGAUUAUAAUCACGAUUAUUCUGUUCAAAUGUCCUGGUAUAAAUCUCGUGUAAUGUGGUAUAAAUUUAAAAAAUUGACUGCCUUGGCUGGGGACUAUCAGUUAUUUGAACAGUUAAAACAUAAUUUAUAAUAUAUCAUGCCUAGUGGCCUGCUAGGGGUUUGCAACUGUAGUUAACAAUUGCAUAAUGUGGAAUGUAUCCCUACAUAAUUGUUAAGCUUCCAACAAUGUAUAGAAAUUAUUAAUUUAAAAACAUAUGGUUUCUCCAUAGCUGUUAUUUGUGAAGCAAGAACAGGAAGAAUACAUAUUGUAGGUAUCAAAUGUCUCUUGUAGGUAUCAAGUGUACUUUUUAAGGUCCAUUUUUCCUUUCAGUCAUUCUGUACUAAAAUCACACUUCUUUUAUUGAUUAUUAUUUCCUUCCUUCUCCUCUCAAAAAAAGUCUAUCAAAACUACAACAAAAACUUUGCUCAGGAACUACCCCAUAAAAUUAGUGAAAAACAUAAUCUAUUGUGAAUAUAAUGUAAUUCAAUGACACAAUUAAAUAAAGCUUAGAAAGUGUCAUUUCUUACGCAGUUAUUUGUUACAUAUGAUUUUACAUACAGGAUUUGGCAGUUACAAAUAUUUAAAAUCAUUUAAUCAUUGUAAACAUCACAAUAUGGAUAUUUAUUGUUAUGUUAACAUAAUAUGUAUUUCUUGGGGUUUCAAAAAUACUCUUAUUGAAACUGUGUUGUAUGUAUUAUGGUUCAUUCUACUUACCCAUGAUGGUCUUUUCACUGAUUAAGGGGCAGUUAGUGUGUUCCUUGAAAUAGAUUGUAAGAUAAAUAUUUAUAAAACUUUUCCUUCCUUCUCCUUCCAGACUUUGAGAAAUAUUUAUAUAUGUUUGAAGCGAAUAUCCAUAAGUAACAACUUUCUGCCAGCAUUAAUAUUAAAAAUGAUAGGAGGCAUGAUGUUGAGUAAAUAGGAUAUCCAAUUUGUGAAAGAAAAUUACUAGUCCAAAGCUGUCAAUAGUCUAGCUUCUAAUAAAUCAAAUUUGAAGAAGCUAUUGUUUGACAGUAUAUUAGGGCAUAAAAUAGGAUGCACGUGAUAAAUCAAAGUAGAAUUCAAAUAUCUGCAGUGCAUAAUUUUUACUCCAUAUUAAUACCACUGGGUACAAUUAGUGAUUUGCUUUAAUUAUGCAUUGUCUAAAUAAAGAAACAUUAGAAGAAAGUGUGUAUUAUGUGAUCUAUCUACCCUUAGCCUGCAGUGAAAUAACAAUUAAUACCAAGGAAUAGUCACUGGUCUAGCGUACUGUGUUUGGAUUAUUAAUGUUCUUUUGAGGUAUAAAUGGCAAAGAAGCAAAUUUUUGUACUGCCUAGUAUGGAACAUUAAAAGCUGAAUACAAACACUUUAACUUUAUUUCUUGAGUUCGUAUUGUUCCACAUUCAAGACAAAUUAGUAUGGAUAUUAUCAGCAAUAUCCAUGAGUGAAAAGUAAAAACAGUCCAAAAUGCUUCUGUGGCAGUGGUGCCUCUCUAUUCAGAAUGUAUAGAUAUAUGCAAUGCACCAAGUCACAUCUCAUGUCAGCAAAUGGUUAGAAAUCAAAAUCUGGCUUGGGCCAGUACUGCAUAUUUUUAGAAAUUCGCUGUUUUCUGGCAUGUAAUAACCUAACUUUCUCUUCUUUUGAAGUAUUCGUAGGGGGAGAAAGUUAAGAAAUAAGUUUGCUACAAUAUUUGCAAAUGCACAGCAAUGGCUUAGGUCAGUAUUGAGCUUAGCCUCAUAUAUAGCCUCAGCCUGUGAUGUCCAUAUGCAGCAAGUGGCGAAGUAUAUUCAGACUUUAACCAGACUGAGAAACAACACCAGUACAUUACAACUAGUGGUGCAACAGAAUGGCACAGACUUUCUUGUACUAAUUACUUUUCU